AAAACCCCCCGCCGACCCAGCCGGUCCCGCCGCCGCCGCCCUUCGCGCCCCGGGCCGUCCCCUGCCACCUCCCUCCGCGGAUCUGCCAGACAGCGAGGGCCCCGGCCGGGGGUCGGGGGGACGCCCCCUCCGGGGCACCCCCCUCCCGCUCUGAGCCACCCGCGGGGCCGGCCCCGGCCCGGAGCGGAGGAAGGAGCCGCCGAGGAGCAGCCCGAGGCCGCAGAGUCUGAAACAAGCCGCCGCCGCCCCCGCCGCCGCCGCCGCCGCUGCGGGGAGGAGGGGGAGGAGGAGCGGGAGGAGGGACGAGUUGGUUGGGAGAAGAGGAAAAAAAACUUUUGAGACUUUUCCGCUGCCGCUGGGAGCCGGAGGCGCGGGGACCGCUUGGCGCGGCGCUGCCCCGCGAGGAGGAGGCAGGACUUGAGGACCCCAGACCGUCCCCCGUUCAGCACCUCGGACGCUCGCUCCCUUCCUGCCCCCUCCCCGGCGUCCCCCAGGCGCCCCCAUUUCGGACCAGCCCUCAGGAGCCCCAAACCCGGCCUCCCGCGAAGACUUUACCCCAGACCUCGGGCGCACCCCCUGCACGCCGCCCUCCCUCUGGCCUGCCUCCUGAGCCCCUGCGCAUCCCAGGACCCUUUCUCCUCCGGGAGACGGAUCUCGCUCAGACCUGCCACAGCUCCCCUGUUCAAGACCACCCACCUUCUGGCACCAGGUCUCGCUCAUCUGCCUUCUUUCCGUGGGAUAGUGAGACUCCCGGCGCCAGAGCCUCCCCUCCACCCGUGCUCCUUUUCCCCUGAGGGCCUCAACUUUCCCCCGAGGGCCUCCUACCUUUCCCCGGGAGACCCCCCAGCCCCUGCAGGGGCGGGGCCUCCCCAUCGCACCAGCCCUGUUCGCCUUCUCGGCAGUGCCAGGGGGCGCCGCCUCCCCCAUGCCGCCCUCCGGGCUGCGGCUACUGCCGCUGCUGCUACCGCUGCUGUGGCUACUAGUGCUGGCGCCUGGCCGGCCGGCCGCGGGACUGUCCACCUGCAAGACCGUCGACAUGGAGCUGGUGAAGCGGAAGCGCAUCGAGGCCAUCCGCGGCCAGAUCCUGUCCAAGCUGCGGCUCGCCAGCCCCCCGAGCCAGGGGGAGGUGCCGCCCGGCCCGCUGCCCGAGGCCGUGCUCGCGCUGUACAACAGCACCCGCGACCGGGUGGCCGGGGAGAGCGCGGAGCCGGAGCCCGAGCCUGAGACGGACUACUACGCCAAGGAGGUCACCCGCGUGCUGAUGGUGGAAACCAAAAACAAAAUCUAUGACAAAUUCAAGGAUAGCCCGCACAGCAUAUAUAUGUUCUUCAACACAUCAGAGCUCCGAGAAGCAGUGUCCGAUCCCGUGUUGCUCUCCAGGGCAGAGCUUCGUCUCCUGAGGCUCAAGUUAAAAGUGGAGCAGCACAUUGAACUCUAUCAGAAAUACAGCAACAAUUCCUGGCGCUACCUCAGCAACCGGUUGCUGGCCCCCAGCGACACGCCAGAGUGGUUGUCUUUUGAUGUCACUGGAGUUGUGCGGCAGUGGUUGAGCCACGAAGGGAAAAUGGAGGGCUUCCGCCUUAGCGCCCACUGCUCCUGUGACAGCAAAGAUAAUACACUUCAAGUGGACAUCAAUGCAGGGUUCAGUUCCAGCCGCCGAGGUGACCUGGCCACCAUUCACGGCAUGAACCGGCCCUUCCUGCUCCUCAUGGCCACCCCCCUGGAGAGGGCCCAGCACCUGCACAGCUCCCGGCACCGCCGAGCCCUGGACACCAACUACUGCUUCAGCUCCACAGAGAAGAACUGCUGCGUGCGGCAGCUGUACAUCGACUUCCGCAAGGACCUGGGCUGGAAGUGGAUCCACGAGCCCAAGGGCUACCAUGCCAACUUCUGCCUGGGGCCCUGUCCCUACAUCUGGAGCCUGGACACUCAGUACAGCAAGGUCCUGGCCCUGUACAACCAGCACAACCCGGGCGCGUCGGCGGCGCCGUGCUGCGUGCCGCAGGCGCUGGAGCCGCUGCCCAUCGUGUACUACGUGGGCCGCAAGCCCAAGGUGGAGCAGCUGUCCAACAUGAUCGUGCGCUCCUGCAAGUGCAGCUGAGGCCCCGCCCCCGCCCCGGCCCGGCAGGCCCGGCCCCGCCCCCGGCCCCGCCCCCUCGGGGGCUGUAUUUAAGGACACCCGCGCCCCAAGCCCACCUGGGGGCUCAUUAAAGGUGGAGAGAGGA